UACAUUCAUAUCCGCGAAUCUGUGUUCUAUUAAUCAGCUCUCUCUCACACCGGAGUCAGUAUAAUCUGAUCGUUCGUCGAGUGCAUAUACAAAUGAUGUUGAGCUCAACUAGUUCUACAACACCAGACGUGUUAUGCACAGAGCAGAAUAAACAAAUCUCUUUAAAAUUUAUCUGUUUACUAAAAACAAUCAAUAAUAAUGAAAUGAAGUAGAACGCGACCAAACGAUCGAACAAACGAAAAAUUACGUGCAAAAGAAGUGAAUUGUUGACAAAUUCAACUACUUAAUUUUUUUCACGUCCCUAAAAGUUUGUCGUUACAUUGUGAAAAGCAAAUAAAUAGUUCCAUUUAAACUGAAAUACAAUUGUUUUAUUUGUAUCCAUUGUGAAUUGCGUAUUUAUGCGCACUAAAAUCCAAUUGAAUAGGUAUAUAAAUAGUUGGUUUAUUCAUUCGUAUGAAUAAGUUUGUAUGUGAUCUUUUAACUAACAGUGACCAUUGACCAUCUAUAUCAAAAACUAUAAAGAAAACUGAAACUAAGAUAUAUAAGCUAUUCCAUUUGUACGGAAUAAACCGUGAUAAUAGACAGUUUAUUUAAGAAGUUGUUAAGACAGUUUACUGCUUUUUUUUAUUCAUAAUGGUUUGGACUAUAGAUUUCGAAAAGCAUCGUCAUGAUUUUCAAGAGACGAGACGAAAUUCGUGUUUCGUGAGAACGCUGAUUGUUUUGAAUGUAUUUUUUAUCAUCGCGAUAGCGCUUUCGAUAGCUGUGAUAUAUCGGUUUGCGGCCCUCAUUCAAGAGAACAAAACAUCAGAUGUAUGUCAAACAGCAGAAUGCGUUAGUGCGGCCGCAGAUGUAAUUAAAUUUAUAGAUGCUUCGAUCGACCCGUGCAACGAUUUCUAUGACUUUGCUUGCGGAAAAUUUCUCCGUGGAACCAUACUAACAGACGAUAAAGUAUCAGUGGAUACAUUUGGCAUAGUAGGCGAUAAAAUGCAGUAUCAACUUUUGCGAUUAAUCGAUUCACCUAUUGAACGUCGUGAUAUAGAAUCGUUUCGAUUAGUGAAAAAAUUGUUUUCAUUAUGUAUGAACCAGACUCGGAUUGAGGAGCUCGGAUUGACACCAAUGAUUGAAAUACAUAAAUCGCUGGGAGGAUGGCCCUGCGUUGAAGGCGAUCAAUGGAAUCAAAAUUUGACGUGGAAUUGGCGAGACAGCAGCAAGAAUUUGUUAAAUGCAGGAUUUGGACAUUCAUAUUUGUUCAGCAUUUCAAUCGAUACGGACAUGCGAAACUCAUCUCGAAAACGCAUUGUGUUGGACGAGCCAUCGUUAGGAUUGAGUCGAGAGUUCUUACUGCGUGGUAUGAAUGAUAGUGUCGUACAAGCAUAUUUCGAGUACAUGAUUGACUUGGCUGCUAUUUUUGGAGCUGAUAAAAAUCAAAGCAAGAAAGAAUUAUUGGACGUACUAACAUUUGAAAUGAAUCUUGCAAAUAUUUCGACGCCAAUGGAGGAAAGUCGCAAUUUAAGCGAGCUAUACAAUCCAAUGACAUUGAAUGAAACACAAUCUAAAUACCCGUACAUCAAUUGGGUUGAAUAUAUAAAUUCAUUGCUUCCACCGAAUAUUAGUGUUACCGAAAAUGAAACUGUUAUUUUUAAUUCAAUUUCAUUUUUUAAACAUUUUGGAGAUCUCAUUGGAACAACAUCGAAUCGUACCAUUGCAAAUUACCUAUUUUGGCGUCUCACCGAAUAUUCAGCCUACUACAUGAACAGCGAAAUAAGAAAACGGCAAUUGGUCUAUGACAUUGUGGCGAUUGGGAAAAAAGAGCUGUCAACUCGUUGGAAAGAGUGCAUAUCAAUAACAAACAAUGAGCUUUCAACUGCCGUCGGAGCUCUCUACGUUCGAAAAUACUUUCGGCGUGAAGCAAAGCAAACGGCAGCACUUAUGGUUGAACAAAUUCGAAAAGAAUUAAAAGAUGUCCUGAAGAAGAAUGAAUGGAUGGACGCAAAAACCAAACUGGCGGCAAUCAAUAAGGUUGACUCAAUCAUUACACACAUUGGUUACACGGAUGAAUUGUAUGAUGACCGCAAAUUGGAUGACCUUCAUAAAACGAUGGACAUUGAUUCAACCAACUAUUUGUUAUCUAUUUUGAAUAUAAACAAAUUUUAUACGAACUACGAAAUCAAUUCAUUGCGGAAACCUGUUAACAAAACCGAUUGGAUCUCACAUUCGGCACCAACGCUUGUAAAUGCCUUCUAUUCAUUUGAAGAAAAUAGUAUUGAAUUGCCGGCGGGAAUUUUGCAGGGGAUGUUCUUUUCUGCUGAUACACCAAUGUAUUUGAAUUUCGGUGGAAUUGGAUUUAUUAUUGGACAUGAACUAACACAUGGAUUUGACGAUGAGGGACGGCAAUACGAUCAAAAUGGGCAUUUAUCGAACUGGUGGAACAACGUGACAGAGAUUCAGUUUUUGGAACGUGCUCAAUGUAUGAUCGAUCAAUACAGCAACUUUACAGAACCCCUUACCAAUUUAACGUUGAAUGGCAUCAAUACACAAGGAGAGAAUAUCGCUGACAAUGGCGGUAUCAAAUUCUCAUACAAUGCCUACAAAAAAUGGAUAAAAGAGAACGGGGCCGAGCAACGAUUACCGGGACUACAGCAAUACACACCCGAACAGAUGUUCUGGAUUGGAGCUGCCCAGAAGUGGUGUUCUAUCGAUCGUACUGAAUAUAUGAGAUUGCGAAUUUUAAAUGGUGUUCAUGCCCCGGACAAGUAUCGUAUCAUCGGCUCAUUUAGUAAUUCAAAUGAAUUUUCGCAAGAUUUUCAUUGUGCGCCUGGAGCUCCAAUGAAUCCAAUUAAAAAGUGUACGGUUUGGUGAUUCAUUUAGAUACUUCUUCAAAGACCUACCAUCGAUAUAAUUCUGUAUUAGGAUAAAGAAUGACAAAAAGAUGAA